GGCGGGCAGCGCGCACCCUUCGCCCCCGGGACAACUGUCUUUUCCCCCUGCCGGGAGCUUCCCGCGCGCCCCUUCCGGCUUCCCCUUCCUUUUCCCACUCUCUCGCCGUAGCCCGGCCGCCACCUGGGCCUCACGUGACCCCGGCCUCCCUCCCGACACGUGACGUGAGAAAGGCCACGCCAGGGCGGGCUCAGCCGCCGUCGCCCCGCCCCCGGAAGCGGCGAGACGGAAUGCGCCUGCGCAAUGGGGGCCGCGUCGGCUCUCCCAAUUGGGACGUUAACGUGAUUUUCGUUUCGGAAUACAGACGUGGAUGCCGAGGGGAUUUUUUGGCCUUUGUUUCCCUCCCAGAGAGUUCCCGCCUGUGAGUUCUUUAAAAGCUACUGCUGUUUCUCCAGAGCUAGACAGUUCACUGUCUCAGCCGUAGGAUGCGCGUGCCCCCGGGACAUCUUCUCCAGUCCGAGAGGUUUUAUCAACAAGGUCUCGGGGACACAUUCUUGCCCUGAAAGCAAUUUGAAAACGGAGGAAUGAAGCGAAAGUGCUGCAGUCACCCCAUGCUAUGCCCCUCCUCAGCCAUGUAUACGUCAGUACUCGCUGCCGUGUUCAUUGCCUUAAGUUCCAGUCGUAUCUUACUGGUAAAAUACUCCACCAAUGAAGACAGCAAGUAUGAUUACCUUCCAACUACUGUGAAUGUGUGCUCAGAACUGGUGAAGCUAGUUUUGUGUAUAUUCAUCUCAUUCUGUUUCAUAAAAAAAGAAGAUCAUCAAAGUAGAAAUUCAAGAUGUGCUUCCUGGAAGGAAUUCUUUAAUUUUAUGAAGUGGUCCAUUCCUGCCUUUCUUUAUUUCGUGGAUAACUUGAUUGUCUUCUAUAUUCUGUCCUAUCUUCAGCCUGCCAUGGCUGUUUUGUUCUCAAAUUUUAGCAUUAUAACAACAGCUCUUCUGUUCAGGAUAGUGCUGAAGCGAUAUCUCAACUGGAUACAGUGGUCUUCCCUUCUUAUUCUAUUUUUGUCCAUUGUGGCCUUGACCACUGGGACCAAAACUCACCAUAACCCAGCAGGCCAUGGAUUUCAUCACGAUGCCUUCUUCAGCCCAUCCAAUUCCUGCCUUCAUUUCAUGAGUGAGUGUCCCGGGAAAGACAAUUGCACAACCAAGGAGUGGAUUUCUCCUGAGCCUAAGUGGAAUGCCACAGUUGGAGUGUUCACUAACUUUCAUCUUGGCUUGGGCCACAUUCUUAUUAUAGUGCAAUGUUUUGUGUCUUCAUUGGCCAACAUUUAUAAUGAAAAGAUAUUGAAAGAGGGGAACCAGCUCACUGAAAGCAUCUUCGUACAGAACAGCAAACUCUAUUUCUUUGGCGUUCUUUUUAACACAUUGACCCUGGCCAUUCAAAGCAGUAACCGGGAUCAGAUUAAGAACUGUGGAUUUUUUUAUGGCCACAAUGCGUUUUCAGUAGCCCUUAUUUUUGUUACUGCAUUCCAGGGCCUCUCGGUGGCUUUCAUUCUGAAGUUCCUGGAUAACAUGUUCCAUGUCUUGAUGGCUCAGGUCACCACUGUCAUCAUCACCACAGUGUCUGUCCUGGUCUUUGACUUCAGGCCCUCUCUGGAAUUUUUCUUGGAAGCCCCAACAGUCCUUCUCUCCAUAUUUAUUUAUAAUGCCAGCAAGCCUCAGGGUCUGGAAUAUGCACCAAGACAAGAAAGGAUCCGAGAUCUAAGUGGCAGCCUUUGGGAGCGUUCCAGUGGGGAUGGAGAGGAACUGGAAAGACUUACCAAACCCAAGAGUGAUGAGUCAGAUGAAGAUACUUUCUAAUGGGUGCCAAAUAGUUGGCAUUUCUCACAAACCUUAUUUUCACAUUUCAGCAUUUCUGGUAUUUAACUUUUCACUUUGGAAAGCCAAGAACAUGUCUAAAAUGUAAUAUUAUUUGCAUGUAUACAAUCACUUAAAAGCUAGAAAGUUAUAAGAAAUUAACACAGGAGUAAUAAUAUAGAACUACA